AUGGACAAAGAAACCAACACCCCCGACGAGGUCUUGGGGUCAGCUGAGGAGUCCAAUGUGGCGAGCAAAACGUCUAAUGACACCAAGGCCCACGAGUUCAAUGAGCAGACCAACUAUGUCCCAAAGAGAACUAUCAUCACGAUAUUCCUCGCCUGCGCGGGCGUCGACCUUUUGGCACUCAUAGACCAAACCACGCUCGCGACCAGCUUGUACAUCAUCGGCAACGCCCUGGGGUCCACCUCGCAGGUCUCGUGGAUAGCCAACGGUUACUUCAUAACCUCAACCGUCGGCCAGCUGCUGUACGGGCGGCUGUCGGACAUUUGGUCGCGCAAAGUCAUCCUCCUCACCGGCCUCGCCAUAUUCUUCCUCGGAUCCCUGGCCUCGUCGCUGGCGCAGUCUGUGCUGCAGCUGACGAUAUUCCGUGCCUUUACUGGCAUCGGCGGCGGCGGGCUGAUGACGGUCGCCCAGCUGAUUGUGAGCGAUGUGGUCCCGCUAAGGGAGAGGGGGAAGUACCAGGGCAUUAUCGGUGCCGUAGUGGCUAUUGCCAAUGGUAUCGGCCCCGUGAUUGGCGGUGCGCUGUCGUCCAAGUCGGAGGACUCGUGGCGAUGGAUCUUCCGCAUCAACAUGCCCCUGACUGUGCUUACCACUCUGGCCGUGGUGUUCUUCAUGCCGCUGAAGAAGGUCCGGGGUGACUGGAAAGUGAAGCUCAAGGCAGUGGAUUUCAUCGGCAUCUUGGUGGCCUUGGCCGGCACGAUAGUUCUGAUGUUGGGGCUCACCUGGGGUGGAGGUGAAUAUCCCUGGGAGUCAACUCAUGUGAUCACGACGCUGGUUACCGGUUUUUUGGCGUGCGUCGCCUUUGUAUUAUGGCAAUGGAAGGGUCCACAAUACCCUCUUGUUCCCCUCCACAUCUUCAAGUCCAAGAUCGUGAACGGGGCUUGCAUCACCAUGGCAAUCAACGGUUGGAACUUUGUCGUGCAAGUCUACUACAUCCCGUCCUUCUACCAGCUGGUGUACGAGUACUCAGCGACGAGGGCCGGUGCCAUGCUGCUGCCCGUCACGUUGGUCCAGACGGCAAGCAGCACUCUGUCUGGUCUUGUGGUCCACUGGGUCGGUCGCUAUCGCGAGUCCAUCCUUUUCGGGUGGGUUUGCUGGGCCGUUGGCCUGGGCUUGAUGUCAACCCUUGAUGAGACCACCGGGGUUGGGAAGCAGAUCGGGUACUCGGUCCUCAUCGGAGUAGGCGUUGGGAACACGUUGCAGCCUGCUUUGAUUGCCGUCCAGGCGGGCGUGGUUAGACGUGACAUGGCUGUCGUCACCUCAUUCCGCAAUUUCGUCAGAAAUCUUGGCGCCACCAUUGGCCUCGCCGUUUGUGGAACAAUCAUCAAUAAUGUUCUGGUUGGAUCUUUGGGGUCUCUCGACAUCGACCAUGACGCAUCCAAAACUCUUUUAAGUAACCCACAGAUGUACCUAGGGACCGUCUCCGAGGCCGAAGCCGACAGAAUCCGUGGUGUCCUGAUUCCCGCGUAUAGAAAGGGGUUCCGCAUCAUAUUCAUAACUGGGGCAGCUCUUUGCGCACUGGCGUUUGUCAUUACCUUCUUCAUGCUGCCUCAGGUCGAAUUGUCUCGCCCAGAUGAUGAGAAGCUCAGGGAGGAGGGGCGCAAGGAGUAUGAGGAUAAAAAGCGACCAGAUUCAGCAUAG